UCCCACACCUCACCAAUGGCCCUUUGUGACACCACCAUCAGUGAUGUCACAGCAGCCACAGGACAUGGGCGAUGUCACAAAAGCAGGACAGGGAACACAGAGCCGCAAUCCCACGGUGAGGCCCGUGGGGUGCAAACACCGCUAUUCCAGCCCCACCACAGCCCUGCUGAUGAGGGCGAGAUGUCAUCGAAGGAGGACACUCCAGAGCCGGGCACCUCUGCUGCCAACACCAGCCAGGCGGCCCCGGCCGCGCCGCAGGACAGCAACCAGGAGAAUCCCGGGUGCCCGGAGUGCCAGCACAUCAGCACCGUGUGCACCAGCUCGUGCCGGCACUGCUUCUGCCAGCUGUGCACGUGGGACUGGAGCCUGGGCGAGGCCGUGUGCCCGCGCUGCCAGCGGCCCACACGCCACCCCUACCCCCAGCACGUGGCCCUGUACCACGAGGUGCAGGACCGGGUGUACAACAGCAAGCAGAGAUGGAGCAGCCACUAUGCACAGCAGCCAUGGAGCCUUUAUGGACACUUCAGACGUGGCAGGCCCUGGGAGAGGAGGAGAAGGAGAUCCAUGAGGUGGCCCCGCAAUGGCCGCCGGCAGUCUCGGCACACCCGAGGCAGCGACUCCUCAAGGUGGUGGCAGCAGCAGAGAAGGGCUUGGGAGGAAGCACUUGAAGAGGGACAAAUUCGAAGGUUUGAAUGGGCCAUCCCGGCCUCCUCACAGGGAAAUCAAUCCUGGGGCAGGUCCAGCAGGUCAUGGAGCCAGCAUGAGCAGCCAUGGGGCCACCGCAGGUGGAGCAGGGACAGGGAGCGUUCCCAUGGCUGGGACAGGCGACAGAGCAGGUCCUCCCCUAGAGACCAGGAUGCCCAGACAGGCUCCCAUGACCGCUCCACAAGGCAGAGGCGCUGGAGGAGCUGGAAUGCUGAUGACAGACACGCUCCAAGGCCCCAACACGAUGUCCCCACAGACAUCUCCCCAGAGACACGUGGAGAGCGGGAAGACUCUGAUUCCUCCAGACAACGGCGUACAAGAAGGAGGCGAACCCGGGGCAGAUCCCACAGGAGAGGCCAGAACUCCCAGGGAACGAUGCCCCGCAACCACUCCGCAAACCAGAGGCGCUGGAGGAGCUGGGAUGAUGAUGACAGACACACUCCAAGGUCCCAGAGUGACACUCCCUCGAGGAGGAGUGAGAGACACCAGUGGGAAGACUGGGAUUCCCCCAGGCAACAGCAUGCGACAAGGAGGCGAACCCGGGGCAGAUCCCACAGGAGAGGCCAGAGCUCCCAAAGAGCCUCCCAGGGAAUGGUGCCCCGCGACCACUCCACAAACCAGAGGCGCUGGAGGAGCUGGAAUGCUGACCAGGGACAAGCUCCAGCGUCCCAGCAGGACAUCCCAGGCUCCUCAGGGAGGAGCUGGCACCAGUGCAGGGACACAUAGCCCACCCUCCCAAAACAUGAAUUGCCACACUCAGGCUCAGCCCAGGGUGUCCAGGUAGGCUUUGGUGAUUUCCCAGGAUGGAGCCUCCAGAUCCCUCCUGGACAUCCCGUUCCAGGGCUUGACUUGCUGCAAAUAAACAAAUGCCACUUGAGCCAGCA